CAGCUGCGUAGUGAAGGUUUGAUGAAGAAAUACACACAUCUCGCAGUGAAUGGACACGAGUAAGGACAACAGGAGAUGGACUUUUUCACUGAAUGAAGCAUGAAUUGGAGACCGGUAUUUUGGCUGGAAGUGACGUUUAAAAUGCCUUAACACUGCCAUUGUUUCAUGCAAGAUGUUAAUUGGUGGACUGGAGUGCUUGUGGAUUAUUGUAAUGUUUUUAUCAGCCGUUUGGCUCUCAUUCUGACGGCACCCAUUGACUGCAUUUGGAUCCAUUGGUGAGCAAGUGGAGAAAUUAGAAAUUUCUGCAAAUCUGUUGUGAUGAAGAAACAAACUCUUGGAUGGCCUGAGCUGAGAAAAUUUGAGGAUUUGUGAAGACUGGCAGGAUGUUUCGUGGUUUCUUUGUGAAGACGAUUAGCUUUGUCGGUUACACCGUCCAGUAUGGCUGCAUCGCUCACUGUGCCUUUGAGUAUAUCGGCGAAUUUGUGUCGUGUUCAGGGCCUUCCAUGGAACCCACCAUUACUAACCAUGAUGUGGUUUUCUCCAAACGAGUAAGCCGUCACCUCUGCCGAAUACAAAAAGGGCAUAUCGUAAUAGCCAAAAGUCCUUUUGAUCCAAAGAUGAACAUUUGUAAACGAGUGAUGGGGCUGGAGGGGGACAAAGUCUGCACUAGUGGACCAUCAGACGUCUUUAAAACACACACUUACGUUCCAAGAGGCCAUGUGUGGCUGGAAGGCGAUAACCUUCGGAAUUCCACAGAUUCCCGAAGCUAUGGUCCAAUUCCCUAUGCCCUGAUCCGAGGACGCGUUUGCUUAAAGAUGUGGCCACCGCAUAGUUUUGGCGUAUUGGCUGAAAGUCCUAAUGAUGGGCGCAUUUUAUGAAGAAGCUGUGUGCAUGUGUAGUCGCAAUGUAAAUUAUAUUUUUGCAAUGUUUUAAAAUAAAUCCAUAUUUAUAAUUCAUGUC